GCAGCCAUUUCCGGUUUCGGGGAGGUGGGUGGGGUGCGGAGCGGGAUUCGGAGCUGCCGCCGCCUAGGCCACCGCCUACAGAGUCUGCCUUGCGCCUGGUGCUGCCUGGACCAUGCGGCCGGAGCCAGGAGGCUGCUGCUGCCGCCGCCCGCUGCGGGCGAACGGCUGCGUGGCGAACGGGGAGGUGCGGAACGGGUACGUGAGGAGCAGCGCCGCUGCCGCCGCCGCCGCCGCCGCAGCCGCAGCCAGCAAGGUCCAUCAUGUUACACAAAAUGGAGGACUGUAUAAAAGACCCUUUAACGAAGCUUUCGAAGAAACCCCAAUGCUGGUUGCUGUGCUUACUUAUGUGGGGUAUGGUGUACUCACCCUCUUUGGAUACCUUCGAGAUUUCUUGAGGUAUUGGAGAAUUGAAAAGUGUCACUAUGCAACAGAAAGAGAAGAACAAAAGGACUUUGUGCCGUUGUAUCAAGAUUUUGAAAACUUCUAUACAAGGAACCUCUACAUGAGGAUUAGAGACAACUGGAAUCGACCAAUCUGUAGUGUGCCUGGAGCCAGAAUGGACAUCAUGGAGAGAGAGUCUCAUGAUUAUAACUGGUCAUUCAGGUACACAGGGAAUACAAUUAAAGAUGUUAUAAACAUGGGUUCCUACAACUAUCUUGGAUUUGCACGGAAUACUGGAUCAUGUCAGGAGGCAGCUGCCAAAGUCCUAGAGGAGUAUGGAGUUGGCGUGUGCAGCACUCGGCAGGAAAUUGGAAAUCUGGACAAGCAUGAAGAACUAGAAAAGCUUGUGGCAAGUUUUUUGGGAGUAGAAGCUGCUAUGGCAUAUGGCAUGGGAUUUGCAACAAAUUCAAUGAACAUUCCUGCUCUUGUUAGCAAAGGUUGCUUGAUUCUGAGUGAUGAACUGAACCAUGCGUCACUGGUUCUGGGAGCCCGGCUGUCAGGAGCAACCAUUCGAGUCUUCAAACACAACAACAUGCAGAGCCUAGAGAAGCUACUGAAAGAUGCCAUUGUUUAUGGUCAGCCUCGGACACGAAGACCCUGGAAGAAGAUUCUAAUCCUUGUGGAGGGAAUAUAUAGCAUGGAGGGAUCCAUUGUUCGCCUUCCUGAGGUGAUUGCCCUUAAGAAGAAAUACAAGGCAUACCUGUAUCUUGAUGAAGCCCACAGCAUCGGGGCUCUGGGCCCUGCGGGGCGAGGUGUGGUAGAUUACUUUGGCCUGGAUCCUGAGGAUGUGGACAUUAUGAUGGGAACAUUUACCAAGAGCUUUGGUGCUUCUGGAGGAUACAUUGGUGGAAAGAAGGAGCUGAUAGACUAUCUGCGAACACAUUCUCAUAGUGCAGUGUAUGCCACGUCACUGUCACCACCUGUUGUGCAGCAGAUCAUCACCUCGAUGGAGUGCAUCAUGGGGAAGGAUGGCACCACCCUUGGCAAAGCGUGUAUACAGCAAUUAGCUGAAAAUACCAGGUAUUUCAGGAGACGUUUGAAAGAGAUGGGCUUCAUCAUCUAUGGGAAUGAAGAUUCUCCAGUGGUGCCUUUGAUGCUUUACAUGCCAGCCAAAAUCGGCGCCUUUGGACGGGAGAUGCUGAAGCGGAACAUCGGAGUGGUUGUGGUGGGUUUUCCUGCCACCCCAAUUAUUGAGUCCAGAGCCAGGUUUUGCCUGUCAGCAGCUCAUACCAAAGAAAUUCUUGAUACUCACAUUCCUCACCCACACCGUCUCUUCCCCACGUUCCCACUUGGUCUUACUGAGUCAGGGCAGCAGUCCACUUUGGGGACUUUCUCCAGUUUGCAUCUGGGAGGCAUCUCAGCGCAGACUUCUCGUCAGUUUUCUAGAGCAUGAUACCGGAAAGAGCUCUCAAAGAGAUAGAUGAAGUUGGGGACCUACUACAGCUGAAGUAUUCCCGUCACCGGUUGGUGCCGCUGCUGGACAGGCCCUUUGAUGAGACCACAUAUGAAGAAACAGAAGACUGAGCCUUUUUGGUGCUCCCUUAUGGAAACUCUCCCUCACCCGGGACAGCGUGUGGCCUUUCUGAGCCAGUUCCAGGAACCACACUUCUGUGGCCAUCUCACGUGAAAGACAUUUUUUCAACUACUGACGGUGGCCACCUCCACUCCAAAUGGCAUUUUGUAAAUAGGAAAAAACUGCUCCACGUCUUCCUUUGCUGCAUUUCACCUUUUUAAAAGGUGACUCACUUUGCUUUUUUGUCCAUUAAAAAAUGUUUUAUUUUA